AUGGCCGGUCCAACAACAACCAACAACAAUAUUCCAGAAAGCAUCAAUUCUGGAGAAUUCGAGAAAAUGGAUAUCCCUUCAACUCAUAACCCAACAUUGAUCACAACAUCUUAUUUAUUAUCAAACCUUCAUUGUCCCUCUUGUGUAUCAAAUAUUCAAAAAUCCCUUUACGCAUUAUGUCCUCGGCCGAAAGAAGUUAUACCAUCUCUCAUGUCAUCAUGGGUGACUGUUCGACACCAAAAAGAUUUAUCAACUAAAGCUAUUCGAAAGGCGUUGCAAUCCGCUGGAUUUGACGUGUGCGAUGUUACAUCAGAGGAGGACGGUAGCGUUGCAAGAUCACACAUACAACAUGACACCGAUACAGGUUACCUAGAUCAAGUACUUCAAAAGUGGUCAGCUACCAGAAGACCUCCUAGCCAGCUUCCAUCGUCUCACUUUGAUUCAAACUCUGAUCGUCACCUUGAGAAUUGCGAAAUAUGUCGUCAAGAAGCCACCAGUGGAGGGGCUGGACACAAUAUUUCGAAGAAGUUGAGACAACAGAAUAUACAUCCGCCCUUGGAACGGCCGUCCCAAGCAAGCGGUGUGGAUGGUAUCACUGAGACUUCCAGCAAAAGAAUGUCAGAUAACGGGAAGUUAAAUUUGGUCGCCAUUGAUUCUAUUGAUUCUAUCUCAUCCCAAACCUUUCGAGCAUCAUUGGCCAUUGGUGGAAUGACAUGUGCCGCUUGCGUCAAUAAUAUUGUGGUAGGAUUGAAGAAGAAAUCUUGGAUCAAGGAUGUGGUGGUCAAUCUCAUAUCGAAUAGUGCUACAGUUGACUUCGACGAUGAGAAAUACGCGUCUCAAAUAGUUGGAGAGAUCGAGGAUCUUGGCUACGACGCUGCUUUGGAUAGUGUGGUCAAUUUGAAGCCGGAGCCUCAGAAGCAAAAGGUGGUGAGAACGGUGGAGAUCAAGGUAGAUGGCAUGUAUUGUAACCACUGUCCUUCACGAAUCAAUGAUACCCUGAAAGGUUUCGAUGAUCGCAUUACUAUCGAGAGAGCUUUGAGUUUGCAGAAUCCGGUACUGAAAAUAAGUUACAUCCCAUCAGCACCUACUUUCACGAUUAGACAGAUUCUCGCCAAACUCUCCAGCAUCGAAGAAGUAUUCAUACCAACAAUAUAUCAUCCACCUACUAUCGAGGAACGAUCUCGUAUAAUUCAUAAAAGAGAGCAACGACGAAUAUUGCUUCGAGUUAUCGUCACCUUUAUCAUUGCCAUUCCUACUCUGAUUAUCGGUAUUAUUUUCAUGAGUGUGGUGCCAUCAACUAAUCCUACCAGAAAAUAUCUUAUGCAACCUCUCCCAGCCGGCGUCGAUCGUGCGCACUGGUCUCUUCUUGUUAUGGCUACGCCAGUAUACUUUCUUUGUGCCGAUGUCUUCCAUAGACGAGCUCUGAAGGAAGUUCGAGCAUUAUGGAGACCUGGCAGCACGACACCAAUUCUUCAAAGAUUUUAUCGUUUUGGAAGCAUGAAUAUGCUCAUGUCAUUGGGUACUACAAUUGCCUAUGUGUCAUCCGUGGCUCAAUUGAUUGCGGCAGGAGCUCAUCCAAAUGCUAUGGCGGAUGAUAAUUCCUUUUAUUUCGACUCAGUUGUCUUUUUGACAUUGUUUCUACUCGUUGGACGUCUUAUCGAAGCUUAUAGCAAAUCGAGAACUGACGAUGCAGUUACCAUGUUAGGAAAGCUACGACCCACAGAAGCGCUUUUGAUUGUCCCGGCUUCAUCAAACGAUCACGGGGACUUUGUCAGAGAUCUAAAUGUCCCAUACUCUGACGAAACUUCAACAGCCUCAGAUGGCCACACGUCUAUCAGAAGCGUUAAUGUUGAUUUACUUGAGUUUGGUGAUACCAUUAAGGUCUUACAUGGUGGUUCUCCAGCUUGUGACGGUAGAAUUAUCAAGGGAGAGACCAAAUUCGAUGAAUCAAGUUUGACAGGAGAAGCAAAGUUGGUGAAAAAAGUUGUAGGCGAUGAAGUGUUCUCUGGAACAGUCAACAAGGAAUCACCAGUGACUGUCAAAAUUACUGGAGUCGCCGGAUCUUCAAUGCUUGAUCAAAUUGUCAAAGCGGUUCGUGAAGGUCAAACCAAAAGAGCACCCAUGGAACGAAUUGCAGAUACUUUGACUGGAUACUUUGUACCUCUCAUUACUCUCAUCGCCAUCAUUACUUUCAUUGUCUGGCUUUCCCUAGGACUUUCAGGAGCCUUACCAGAUGAUUACCGUGGUUCCAGCGGGUGGGCUGUUUGGUCUCUUCAAUUUGCCAUUGCUGUCUUUGUUGUGGCGUGUCCAUGUGGUCUAGCAUUAGCUGCUCCUACUGCACUAUUUGUUGGUGGUGGUCUUGCAGCGCACCAUGGCAUUUUAGUGAAAGGUGGUGGUGAGGCAUUUGAGAAGGCGAGUAUGCUAGACUGUGUUGUCUUCGAUAAAACUGGCACAUUAACCCUAGGUGGUGAACCGACUGUUACCGAUUACGUAUUUAUUCCAGACGAUGAAAGCAAUGUUAAUGCCUCGAACAAUCAGAAUAUCCCAGAAGGCCACAUUAAUCCAUUGAAUGAUAAAGAACAGAAUCUCCUCAGUAUGGUGAAAUCGGCCGAGGAGAAUAGUAGCCACACGGCAGCUAAGGCCAUAGUCUCAUUCUGUACGAGCAAUCGGAAAUCCACUCCUACAAAUAUCGAAGAGAUCCCUGGUUAUGGUAUGAAAGCUACAUUCGACAAACAAAUCCUCAUAAUAGGCAACGAGCCGCUUAUGGAACACUACAGUGUCGGGAUAACCCCUAGUCAACAAUCCAGCAUCGAUAAUUGGAAGAAACAAGGCAAAUCCAUUGCUCUAGUUGCUUGGUCCUUAUCUGGAGAUCUAUAUGAACUCGUAGCCAUCUUCGCCAUCUCCGAUCCCAUUCGUCCCGAGGCAAUUUCCAUUCUCUCCGCGCUCAAAGCCCGUGGUACAGACGUCUGGAUGCUUUCUGGUGAUAACCCCACCACCGCCAUUGCCAUAGGUCAACAAGUCGGUAUUCCCCCCAGCAACAUCAUUGCAGGUGUCCUCCCCUCAGAAAAAGCAAAACAGAUUUCCUAUCUCCAGAAAUCGCUACAUUCCCAUCGUUCUAAAAGACACGACUCUUCUACAAAGAGAGCACUGGUCGCCAUGGUCGGAGACGGCAUCAACGAUUCUCCCGCUCUAACAGUAGCAGAUGUCGGAAUAGCCAUUGGAUCCGGUUCUGACAUCGCCAUCUCAUCCGCAGAAUUCGUCCUCGUUUCUAGUAAUCUCAAUUCUUUAAUCACGUUGUUGGAUUUGAGUAAAGUGGUGUUUCGAAGAAUUAAAUUCAAUUUCGCUUGGGCUUUGAUAUAUAAUAUUAUUGCACUUCCUGUCGCUGCGGGAGUCUUUUAUCCAAUUGUUAGUAGAGGUAUGCAUGUCAGGUUGGAUCCGGUCUGGGCGAGUUUGGCUAUGGCGUUGAGUAGUAUUAGUGUGGUUUUGAGUAGUUUGGCUUUGAGGAGUAGCGUGCCGGGUUUGGGGUUUAAGGUUAGGAGGUAG